CCCCCGGGACGCGCGCCCAGCCUCGGCCCCGCCGCCGCGCGCCCGGGCUCCCCGCCGCGCCCAGAACAAUCAACCAUGACGACCGAAUCUGGAUCAGACUCGGAAUCCAAGCCGGAGCAGGAGGCCGAGCCCCAGGAGGCGGCGGGUCCGCAGGGGCGAGCGGGGCCGCAGCCGGGGCCGCAGCCGGGGCCGGAGCCGGAGCCGCCCGGUGCCGAGGAGCAGCGCCAGGCCCUGGAGCAGUUCGAGGCCGCGGCGCACAGCACCCCGGUGCGGAGGGAGGUCACUGACAAGGAACGGGAUCUUGCUGCCAGAGCUGCAAAACAGCUCGAGUAUCAGCAAUUAGAAGACGAUAAGCUUUCUCAGAAAUCAUCUAGCAGUAAACUGUCUCGCUCUCCAUUAAAGAUUGUCAAAAAGCCUAAAAGCAUGCAGUGCAAAGUGAUACUUCUGGAUGGGUCAGAAUAUAUCUGUGAUGUGGAGAAACGCUCCAGAGGACAAGUGCUGUUUGAUAAAGUGUGUGAACACUUGAACUUGCUAGAAAAAGAUUACUUUGGGCUUACGUAUCGAGAUGCUGAAAACCAGAAGAAUUGGUUGGACCCUGCUAAAGAAAUUAAAAAACAGAUUCGAAGUGGUGCUUGGCACUUUUCAUUCAAUGUGAAAUUUUACCCACCAGACCCUGCCCAGCUAUCUGAAGACAUCACCAGGUACUACCUCUGCUUGCAACUGCGAGAUGACGUCGUGUCCGGGAGGCUGCCCUGUUCCUUUGUGACCCUGGCCCUGCUGGGCUCCUAUACUGUCCAGUCAGAGCUUGGAGACUAUGACCCAGAUGAAUGUGGGAGCGAUUACAUCAGUGAAUUCCGCUUUGCACCAAACCACACAAAAGAGCUGGAAGAUAAAGUGAUCGAACUGCACAAGAGCCACAGAGGAAUGACGCCAGCAGAAGCAGAGAUGCAUUUCUUGGAAAAUGCCAAAAAACUAUCCAUGUACGGGGUAGAUUUACAUCAUGCCAAGGAUUCAGAAGGAGUAGAAAUUAUGUUAGGAGUUUGUGCAAGUGGUCUGUUGAUAUAUCGUGACCGACUGCGAAUAAACAGAUUUGCCUGGCCCAAGGUUCUAAAAAUUUCAUACAAAAGGAACAACUUCUACAUUAAGAUCCGGCCGGGAGAGUUUGAACAGUUUGAAAGCACCAUUGGGUUUAAGCUGCCAAAUCAUCGAGCUGCCAAGCGUUUGUGGAAAGUAUGUGUUGAGCACCAUACGUUUUUCAGACUGCUGUUACCAGAAGCACCUCCAAAGAAAUUCCUAACCUUGGGUUCCAAGUUUCGUUAUAGCGGCAGAACGCAAGCCCAAACAAGGAGAGCCAGCGCACUGAUAGAUCGCCCCGCACCUUACUUUGAGCGCUCGUCCAGCAAACGUUACACCAUGUCUCGCAGCUUGGAUGGAGCAUCAGUGAAUGAAAACCAUGAAAUAUACAUGAAGGAUUCUAUGUCUGCUGCAGAGGUUGGUACUGGCCAGUACGCCACAACAAAGGGCAUCUCUCAGACCAACUUGAUCACCACUGUGACUCCAGAGAAAAAGGCCGAGGAAGAGCGGGACGAGGAAGAGGAGAGACGGAGAAGGGCGGAGGAAGCCACACCUGUUGCAGUGAUUCGGCUGGAGGGAAAGUCACCUGGGCUUGGCACUGACUCAUGUUCCUUGUCACCCCUACCUGCCGAUCGUGUCCCCGCAUCCCCCACAGAGCUCCGUAGGAGGUGCAAGGAGAAUGACCGCAAACCGCCAGGUGGCGAGCCACCCAAAGCCGAGCAUGUGCCCGGAGAGCCCAUCCUGGACUCUGAUGGCCAGGGGAAGCCUUACCCAGGGGAUCAAGAUGUGGCUUUUAGCUACAGACAGCAAACUGGGAAAGGGACCACCCUGUUCUCCUUCUCCUUGCAGCUCCCUGAGUCGUUUCCCUCUCUCCUGGAUGACGAUGGGUACCUCUCUUUCCCCAGCCUCUCCGAGACCAGCUUCCUGCCCCGGAGCUUGCGGCAUUACCUCCCGAUCCGCUCACCCUCCCUCGUGCCCUGCUUCCUCUUCAUCUUUUUCUUCCUGCUGUCCGCCUCCUUCUCAGUGCCAUACGCCCUCACUCUCUCCUUCCCUCUGGCUCUGUGCCUCUGCUACCUGGAGCCCAAGGCAGCCUCCUUGAGCGCCUCCCUAGACAAUGACCCGAGUGACAGUUCAGAGGAAGAGACUGACAGUGAGCGGACAGACACUGCGGCCGAUGGGGAAACCACCGCCACUGAGUCGGACCAGGAGGAAGAUGCAGAGCUCAAGGCACAGGAGCUAGAUAAAACUCAAGAUGACCUGAUGAAACAUCAAACCAACAUUAGUGAGCUGAAAAGAACCUUUUUAGAAACCUCAACAGACACUGCCGUUACAAAUGAAUGGGAAAAGAGGCUUUCUACCUCCCCAGUGCGACUGGCUGCCAGGCAGGAGGAUGCACCCAUGAUUGAGCCCCUUGUACCUGAAGAGACUAAGCAGCCCUCUGGCGAAAAGCUCAUGGAUGGCUCUGAAAUCUUCAGUUUAUUAGACUCUGCACGAAAACCAACAGAAUUCAUAGGAGGGGUCACUUCCGCUUCUCAAAGCUGGGUUCAGAAAAUGGAAACCAAGACAGAGUCCGGGGAAACAGAGCCGGAACCCAGCCUGUACCCCCAGCCGCUCAGCACCGAGAAGGUGGUGCAGGAAACCGUGCUGGUCGAGGAGAGGCGUGUGGGGAGGGUGCACGCCAGCGGGGACGCUUCCUCCGUGGCCGGGGAUGACGUGGACGCUGCAGCACAGCCCAUGCCUGCCGAUGCUUCUAGCGUUAAAGGGAAGGAGGACUCUGCUGUGACUGAGGGGGCUAAGGUGGAAAGAGGAAAGGAGGCCGACAAAGCUGCACUGGAACAGGAAGAGACAGCUACUGCUUCCCACGAGCGGCAGGAGGAGCAGAGUGCAGCGGUCCACGUUUCUGAGACUUUGGAACAGAAACCUCAUUUUGAGUCAUCAACUGUGAAGAUGGAAACCAUCAGUUUUGGCAGUGUUUCACCAGGAGGAGUAAAGCUAGAAAUUUCUACCAAGGAAGUGCCAGUAGUUCACACUGAAACAAAAACCAUCACAUAUGAAUCAUCACAGGUUGAUCCUGGGGCUGAUCUGGAGCCGGGCGUGCUGAUGAGUGCACAGACGAUCACAUCUGAAACCACUAGUACCACCACCACCACCCACAUCACCAAAACUGUGAAAGGAGGCAUAUCAGAGACAAGAAUUGAGAAGCGGAUAGUCAUCACAGGAGAUGCAGACAUUGACCAUGACCAGGCGCUGGCUCAGGCAAUUAAAGAGGCCAAAGAGCAGCACCCUGACAUGUCAGUGACCAAAGUAGUGGUCCAUAAAGAGACCGAGAUUACGCCAGAAGAUGGAGAGGACUGACCAGAGGAAUAACUUAGAUUGCACAUGAAUCCAGUCAUCCAAACCAUUAGGAAAACCAGAGCCUAAAUGGAGUUCCCUCUUCUAACCCAACUGACUUGUCCGUGGAAAAUUUCAAUCCAGAAGAAUUGACCUUGACCAUUAAUAAAGACUGGCAGAGAGAUCUUCCCAUAAUAAAGCAAUCAAAUCAGCAUCACUAAACUGAUAUUGCAUGAAGCAACAAUAAGAUUACAAAAGAGCAGCAUUUUUAAUUUUCACAAAAUGUCUAAGUUUUCAGCUAUACUUGCACGUUCAUAACUGACAAUAUAAACCGUGAUCUCAUGUAACACAUAAACAAUUCAUGCCUUUCGUAGUUUAUUAUUAUUGAAGUCUGAACAAAAUUGCAGUUUCUUAGGUGACAUAUCUUUUGUUUACAGAUAAAUGAAGAUUACCCUAAAAUGCUAGAAGCUAUCUAGGUCUGGUGUGUCAGGUUUAUCCCAGAUUAGAUGUGCCAAUAACCAUUUUUAUUCAGAAAAUAACAUAUCUUGUACUUGUUUCAUCUGGUUUUAUUACUCUCACCCAUAAACAAUAAUGAC